AAAAUGAGAAACACAAAGGCAGAGUUAAUGGAUGAGAUUGAGACACAUCUGAAGAAACUCUGCGCUGUUGAAAUUAGAAGGAUUCACAGCUUCUCAGUAAACGUGACUCUGGACGCUGUAACAGCGCGUCCGCACUUAGAGGUGUCUGAAGACGGUAAAGAGGUGCGUGACACCAGAGCAAGUCACGACAUCCCGGGCGGCCCGCAACAGUUCGACCUGGUCGGAGGAGUCUUGGGAAAACCUCACAUCACUUCGGGAAGAGCUUUCUGGGUGGUGGAGGUGGGGAAUAAGGUGGGCUGGGAGCUCGGGGUGAUGAGGGAUGGAGCGAAACGGAAGGGCAAAGUGUCCUACAAACCCAGCAAGGGAUACUGGGCCAUCGUGUUCUGUGCUCAAAACAUGUACAGAGCUUUAGAAGACCCUCCAGUCCAGCUCCAUCUGGAGACCAGACCCCAGAAGCUGGGAGUGUUUGUGGACUGUGAGGAGGCUCUGGUCUCCUUCUAUGAUAUGGAGGCUCUGUCACAUAUUUACUCGUUCACUCGCUGCAGCUUUAAUGGAUCCAUCCGUCCGUACUUCAAUCCUCAUCCCAACAAUGACGGAACCAUCUCGAGCCCGUUGGUCAUUUGUCCUCUCAAUCAAACCGACAUCUCUGUGUGAAAGCAAGGGCUAAAUGUAAUUUCUUCAAAAAAAUGUUUUUAUCAUAUAUAUUUUCUUUAUAUUAAUAUGAUGUUUCUAUUUUAUUAAACAUGUUCAAUGCACUAUCUAUCUAUCUAUCUAUCUAUCUAUCUAUA